AUGGACUCCAGCUGUAGCUUCUCCGCGUGGCUGGAGCUGCUGCUAGGGGCGUUGCUCCUCCUGCUGGAGGGCAGAGAGCUGGUGGGGGGAAAUAAUGGUACCGAGCCCAAGACCCCUGUUUUAGUUGUUUUGGAGGGCGGUGAGAAGCUGCAGCUGGGGUUAGGUGUGGGCGGGAGCAUUGGAAUUAGGGAAGUUUUAUUAACAAGUGGAUGUCCUGGAGGGGAAUCAAAGUGUAUUGUUCGAGUGGAAGAAUGCAGAGGACCAGUAGACUGUGGAUGGAAUAGACCAAUGUCAGAAAACAGUUCUACUGCAAAACUUUCUUGUAUUUAUAUACCACCAGUGAAACGAUUCAAGUAUACAUGGAAAAUGCUUGUUCCAGGCCAGCAAGCACUCAUUCUUCCCAAUGACUCAGCUAUCUUUGAAGCACACCGGGAAACUCACCCAGUAGCAUUCCAGUGUGACACAUCAGAAAAAAAUGAAAUAAUUGCCACUGUAAAGUAUACCGUAUAUACCACAGGUGAAGUACAGACAAGAAAAAUAAGUCGACCAAACACUGAUAUAAUACUGGUCUUUGUCCUGAUCACCGGUGUUAUUAUUUGUAUUGGUGUGAUCUUUGCAUUAGUCUUCAUAGUUAUUCACUGGGGUGCUGUAAAAACACUCUGGGGAACAAAAGACUCUCUUUCAGAAGUGCGUUCUGAAGAAAGCUCAGCUAAAUGCCAAGAAUCGACUUGUCCGGAAACAUUGCCAACAGAUACCUUUGCGACUGAAGAAGAUAUUUUGGCUGAAUGGAAUGAGUGA